UAUACCCGAAGUUUUAGAGAAAACGAGGAAAUCCAUUAUUGUUUGUUUGAGAAAAUGCCUGGUUGAUCACGACGAGCAUGGAUCAUGGGCAAGGAGAGUACAAAAUAAGCCAUGGUUCUCUAACUUGAAAGAAUUAUUUUUUCUAAUCCCUAUAGAACACGAUAUAGGCUACUAUUUCACAGUAUGCAACAACUUAACACCUGAGUUAACUGCAAAGCGAAGCGACAUGGACGCAGACGUCUGUGCAGGCGCUCUCCUCUCUCUUAUAUCUGUGCACCAAGCGAAACAACUGCAGCAGGACAACCGAGCCGAAACCCGACGACGGACUCGCAGCAAGCAGCGUGUUGCAGCGAGACGCGUCCGCCUUCACAAGCUCCGCCAGGAAUGGAAGCAGAGAACAACACAGCUCAGACGCGCGAGGAUGGAGCGGUUUGAAGCUCAUAGAAUAUGGAUGGAGGGGAUGGCCCUCCAGUACCUGAAGCAGUGCAGUCCGUGGACGCCACGGGUGUGGUCCUACCCUCGCCCCAACGCCUGGUGGGAAACCACGGCCACAGGCUUCACGGACCACCAGUGGCUCCAACAUUUCCGCGUCUCGUGGGCGACCUUCUCCUUCCUGUGCGGCGCAUUGCGGCGCCGCCUCAAGCGCCAGGACACCACGUACCACCUCUGCAUCCCGCUCAGCAAACGCGUGGCGCUGGCCCUCUACAAGCUGGGCAACCCCUGCAGCUACAAGACCGUGGCCGAGCUGUUCGCCGUGGGCGUGGCGUCCGUGUGUCACUGCGUCCGCGACUUCUGCUCGGCCGUCAUCGAGGUCCUCCGGCCCCAGCUGGUGGCGGAGCCGACCCCUGGUGACCUCCGGGAGACGGCCGAGCGCUUCUACCUGGCACACGGCGUGCCGCGGUGCGUCGGCGUGAUCGGACGCGUCCUCGUGCCCAUCGUCCGCCCGCCGCACCACCGCGCCGACCCGCCCGGCGGCGGCGAGGGAUGGCGCCUCGUCGUCUCGCUGCAGGCCGUCGUCGACGGCGACGGACGGUUCUGGGAGGUCAACGUCGGCGACCCGGAGUGGGCGGCGGCGGCGGCGGCGGCGGCGGUGGCGGGUGAGGGCUCCGUCGGGUCGGGGCUGUGGCCGUGGGCCAGGGAGGACUUCCCCGACCGCAUGCAGACCCUCCUGGGUGACGAGGAGGGGGGGCUCUGCCUUCUGGCGGACGACGAGGCUCUCCCGGCGCGGCCGUGGCUGCUGAGGCCGCACCGGACCACCGCCUGGCUCACGGCGGACCAGGAGCUGUUCAACGCCCAGGUCCUGCCGGCGUGCCGCGCGGCACGGCAGGCGCUGGCCCGGCUGAAGGGCCGCUGGCGGUGCCUGGACCGGAGGCUGGACUGCACCGUGGAGGUGGUCCGGGACAUGGCCAGGGCCUGCUGCGUCCUCCACAACCUCUGCGAGAGGAGCGCGGACGCGUUUCUCCCCGAGUGGGUCGAGGCGGAGGGUGACCCGCGCUGGCCCGACGCGGAUAAGAGCCACGCGGACCUCGACAGCACUCCCCCCUGGCUUGCUCUGCAGCCCUUAGAGGAUGAGGGGCUACGAUACAAGUCCCUUGUCUCCGUGCUGGCUCUGCAGCACGGAGACACUGAGGCUAGUUAAAUGGGACUGUUGUGAAGACGUGUCGGCUGUAUAGGGCUGGGCAGUAGGGAGAACAAUAAUAUCGAUAACGAUUAUCAUAGGGAAUUUGAUACAAUGUGGAAAGAUUUAUGCAAAUACAUUUUUUGACAGCACUCUGAAUAGUAGGUGAGGGUCAUAAAACUGAAGUAUAUGAGAAUUUAAGGUGUAGAAACAGGCUCUAGCUAGUUUUUUCUUACAUUUCAAACCUCAUUUUGACCAUUUCAAGGGCAUAUCUUCUCAUCGUAGUGGAUUUAGACUAAAACGGGGUAUCAUUAUGAAUCGAUAACGCCAUUUAGUGACAUCAAAGCAUCUUUAAUAUGACUCGGAUUACUUCACAUAUCAGUAUAUUGCCUCUGAUCGUGUCGGUGUUCCACGAAAGCCAAUACAGUACUUGAUCUGGGACUUACCGUCAUCCUUUUCACAUUUUACAUUGACAGAUAUAUUCAGUUGUUCGUCUUUACAUUUUUAAUAAACAGUUUGUGCCAUUUACUUAACACCUGGUAUGAAAAAACCCUUAACUGCUCAUUCACAUUUAGUCAAUUGUCAAGACAAAAAUACAUCCAAGUAUAAACUCACAAAUAUUAAAAUGCAUAUUUAAUCACCUGUAUGCGACACCACUUGUACCAAACGUUCUAGAACAUGACUAUUCCAUGUUUACAUGAACACAAUGGUUGAAUAUUAACGUUGCUAAAAUUCUGAA